CUACUACUGUUCUCAACAAUCAUGAAACUACCAACCACCCUCCUCCUCUCCACAAUCCUGCACACCAUGUCCACUACCGCCCAGAACCUCUCCUACGGCGCGGACAACUUCUACCGCAGCGACACCGUCACCCUGCAACCCAUCACCUUCAAAAACCAAUACCAAAUGACCAUCGCAGGCAACCUCUUCACCCCCAAAAACCUCACCUCCACCUCCGCCCCCUCCCCGGCCAUCGUCAUCGGCCACCCCAUGGGCGCCGUCAAGGAGCAAAGCGCCAACCUCUACGCCACCAAACUCGCCGAACAAGGCUUCAUCACCAUCUCCCUCGACCUCCCCUUCUGGGGCUCCAGCUCCGGCACUCCCCGCAACGCCGUCUCCCCCGACCUCUACGCCGAAGCCUUCAGCGCCGCAGUCGACUACCUCGGCACCCAAUCCCUCGUGAACCGGGACCGUAUCGGCGCCAUCGGAAUCUGCGGCAGCGGGAGCUUUGUGAUCAGCGCAGCCAAAAUCGACCCUCGAAUUAAAGCCAUCGCCACGGCAAGCAUGUACAACAUGGGAGCCGUGAACCGGAACGGCCUGAACUAUUCCCAGACGCUAUCUGAACGGCAGAGCAUCAUCGCCGACGCGGCCCAGCAUCGCUGGAUCGAAAUCCAAAACGCCAGUCUCACCGAAUACACAUCCGGGACUCCGAACCAGCUGACGCCGAAUACCUCGGCCGUGGGUCGGGAAUUCUACGACUUCUACCGCACGUCCCGCGGUGAAUUCACGCCUGCUGGAUCAACCCCGGAGUUGACGACUCAUCCGACGUUGACGAGUAAUUUGAAGUUCAUGAACUUUUACCCGUUUAAUGAUAUUGAGUCGAUUGCGCCGAGACCGUUGUUGUUUAUUUCGGGGGAUCGGGCGCAUUCGAGGGAGUUUAGUGAGGAUGCGUUUAGGAGGGCGGCGGAACCGAAAGAGUUGGUUUGGAUUCCUGGGGCGGGACAUGUGGAUCUUUAUGAUCGGGUUGAGUUGAUUCCGUUUGAGAGGUUGACGAGUUUCUUUCGGGUGAAUCUUGGGGGGGUCGAGGGUGGAAAUGGGACUGCGGCUGUGUGAGGUGCGGUUGGGAUUGAGGAUGCUUGAGCAGUGGUGUGUAGUGUUGAGGGAUGUGAGGGGGUAGUGAUGGGGAUGUUUGUUUGGUUCGGGUAUCUUGUGUAUGAGUGGGUUGGGGUUUUGAAUUGAUAAGUGUUUGUGUGUGUUUGUGCUUGUGUAUG